UACUGUGAUGUUUGGUAUUCCUAGCAGCAGCCUCCCACGCCCCGCAGCCUCCCACGCCAGGAUCUGCGUCACCCUGCAGUGUGGGAGUGAGAGUGCAAUGAGGCAAGAGCGGAAUAUCCCAAUAUCACAGCAGAGGGGAGGAGGGGGAAACCAACAGCUCCCAGGCCCUUCGUACUAAAACUCUAAACCCUCACAUUUACGCAGUGUAAGGACAACCUAAAGACAGUGAUCGGUGCGUUUUUGUCAUCAAAGGCUGUGUGCACAGCUCUGUUGGCGUGGCAGGAUCAUCCUGUGCGGAGUAUUCAUUCACCCCUUCCAGUAGGAAGCUGGAAAAAGUCCCCAUCCCAAGAAGAGGGCUAUCAUUUGCAAGUUCUAACUGAACUCGAAAUCUGAACAAAAAAAUUAUAUAGUGAAGAAAGAAAUUGUACAACUCAACUGUAAAAAAAAAAAAAGAUUGUGAUCUGGGUCAGGGAUGGCAGCGACUUUACCGAGGACCCUUGGGGAGUUGCAGCUCUACCGGAUACUGCAGCGAGCCAACCUGCUGUUGUACUACGAAGCUUUCAUCCAGCAAGGCGGCGACGACGUGCAGCAGCUGUGUGAGGCUGGAGAAGAGGAGUUCUUGGAGAUCAUGGCUCUGGUGGGCAUGGCCAGCAAACCACUGCAUGUCAGGAGGCUGCAGAAGUCCUUGCGUGACUGGGUUACCAACCCUACUCUUUUCAAUCAACCUCUGACCUCCUUGCCCGUCAGCAGCAUCCCCAUCUAUAAACUGCCAGAGGGCUCCCCAGGCAACAGUUAUGAGAGGAACAAUAACACCAGAGAACCUCACGUUAAGAUCCCCAAAAGCAUUGCUGCCACCUGUGUGGGGCCCAGCAAAUCAGAAGCGUCGUCUAGCUCCCCCAUGCAGAGUGGCAGCGAGCCGAGGUUCUGGCAAGGGAGCCACGCUACUGAGAGCGAGCAAAGCCUCUCCCCUGCAGACCUGGGCUCCCCCUCGUCUCCGAGAGAAACCCUGGAGAGCCUGGACGCGGCGGCAGUGCAGUCGGUGGCCGAGUGUGUGGACAGGAUGGCCCCGGGUUUGCCCAAGACGGACUCUGCGGAGGUGAAGGAGCAGUUGAAAAACAACAAGAAGCUGGCCAAGAUGAUCAGCCACAUCUUUGACAUGAGCGACGAGGACCCCCACAAGGAGGAGGAGAUCCGCAAGUAUAGCGCCAUCUACGGGCGCUUUGACUCCAAAAGGAAAGAUGGGAAGCACCUGACGCUGCAUGAGCUGACAGUCAAUGAAGCUGCUGCCCAGAUGUGCAUUAAGGACAAUGCACUCUUGACCCGGAGAGACGAGCUGUUUGGACUGGCUCGGCAGAUCUCUCGGGAAGUCACAUACAAAUACACCUAUAGGACUAGCAAGUCUAAAUGUGGAGAAAGAGAUGAACCAUCCCCCAAAAGGAUGAAAACAGAGGACACCUUUUUUGAUAUUCAGGAGGCAUUGCGGACCAUACAACAGAGACAGGAAGCACUAAAAGAGCAACUAACAUUGGCAAAGGCUAAAGGUGAAGAAAUGGUGGUUCAUAAUAUCCAGGUCCAGCUGGAGAGACUGGUGAAAAAGCAUAUGGAGCUCCUUCACGACACCACAGCUCAGGAGAGGCUACACUUCUCGGAGUGGCGUCUGCCAGCCACUGAUUUUAAGCGCAGUACAGAGGAGCACAACUCUAAUGGAUUGUCUGCUGAUAAUGCGACAGAGCGACAAGUUGAAAAGCCAUUAAACCUGAGGGUCCCCAGUCAACAGAGACACCGACAGCAGCAGACAGCAGCAGAAGGGGAGCCUCUCCUGGGAAAGCAGCUGUCAAACGAGUUGAAAAGGUUUUAUUCCACCAGCGAGGGGAAACCCCAGUCUACAGACAACGGCAGCUUCACAGAUUUCUGCCACAGAGUCCUAAACCUUGCUGAGAAGAAGCCCAUCAAAUCAGAACCAGAAGAUUCUAGAUAGCCUUGUAUUGCCUUGAUUUUUGUACUGAACAUGAUGUCUGUUAGUAAGUACUAAACAAGCACAGCUACAGUAGAGCCUUAACAACCAACCUUGCCUCAAACAUGUUUUUGCCAAAGCGCCUGGAACUGGGAGUCUGCUCUCAAAGAAGCAAAGAAGCUACCUGUCCUUGGCUGUACAAAUGUUUGCUGGUCACACUUGUUGUUGUUACAGCAGCUGUGUGUAGAUAGAUGUGUUCACAGAGUAAUAUUGUACUGGGGGAUGUUAUUUAAGAAUGUGCUGUGUAUAAAGUAAAUGUAUUUACUAGGAAAGUUAUAAAAAAUCAAUAUAUAUAAAAGUAGAAUCACAACAAGGUCGUGCACAAUGUACUAAAGAAAUAAUUGUGCUUACAAAUGGACUGUCUUAAUACCAGGACCAGCGUUUUAAACAAUUGCAGCAUCAUUCCUCAAUUUAUCUUACAAUGAUAUUUAUGUUAUCAAAACUAGUUCCAAUAAAUGUAUAUUGUAGUAGAGCAAUACUGAAUAGUCUUAAUAAUGGUGAUCGUCUUUUCCUGUCUCCUGAUCAGUGCACUGUACUAAAUUUGUGUUGAAUAGCCUAGAAACUGUAGUUCACAUGGUGUUCAUGAUCUGUUACCUAUGAAAUUAUGGACAAAUGUUUGCUUGGUUCAAAGUGUGUGCUGUUCGAAUUAGCAUAGAGCAUAUUCAGAGUCUGUGUUUCAAAUGAAUAUCUUACCGUUGGUAAUAAAGUAGUUAGGCACAUUUGCAUAUUCAGAACAUUGGGUCCCUGUAGGUUUAAUGUUAUGUUUCUGUUUCUUGUUUGGGUUUUAGACAGAUACCUCUUAUUUGUUUUAUUUAAUGCAACUCUUCGGUUUUUGGAGUACGUCAUUGUGUUUUUCCGUGAGUGCUUGCCAUUUACUGGUGUGAUAAUCAACAGCACUGAAUAAUCUCUUGCACUUAAAACCACACUCCAUAGCUGUUCACUAUACAGCUUUCAAUGCAGGGUGUAAAAGUAAAUGGAAUUUUUUUUUUUUUUAAAGUGUGUUUUGAAAGUUUUGUGAAAGACGCUGCAUGGACUCCUGUCCUCUGCAGUGCUGAAUGGAUUAUGGAUGUGUGUAUGAUAAAGACAUCUGCGCACCAUAACCAAUGCACUAUAUAUGCAACUACCAUUGGAUUUUAUAGAGUAUAGUACUACACUGUCCUAAUUGUUAGCAACCGUUUCCUCAAAAGUGUACUUCUGCUAUUGUUUAGUAUUGUGCAUUAGAGGGGGUCCUUUUUCCUGUGAAGAAACUGCUUUUUUAAAUGUGUUCAUUAGCAGGCGUAAUUUGUAUGUAGAGAGGAAAAACAUGCAUCUUUAUCUAUAGGAUAAGACAGUGUUGAUGGUUAGUAGUUGUAGUCUGUUCUUAUCACUUUUGCAGUGGUAAAUGAAAUGACGUUUGUGUCUGUAGUAUGCACCAGUUGUUUUGUAAACACUAAUAUAUUUAAUUUGUUAUACAGCACAUGAACAUUAAACUAUAUUUUUUUUAA